AUGUCGCAGCCCGUUCCGCCCAAUGACUUCCACGUCGCCAUCGUCGUACGCGCCGGCAUCGCAGGGCUAGCUCUAGCACUCGCCCUGCACAACAAAUCUAUCCCUUUCACGCUCUACGAGUCCGCGGCCGAGUUCUCGGUCGUGGGCGCGGGGAUUGGGUUUGGGCCCAAUGGGUUACGGGCGAUGGAUGGGAUUGAGAAGCGGUUCAGGGCGAGGUAUGAUGAGGUCUGUGUUGGAAAUCGGGGGAAGGGGAAGGAGGGGGUGUUCUUUGAGGGGAUGUUGCUGGAGCAGGGGUUGGGAUCGCAUGAGGAGUGGUAUGGGGGUGGGAAUGGGAGGUCUGGGUGGGGUGGGAAGGGGUAUACGAGGAAGUCGGCCCACCGCAAAGAUCUUCUCGACAUCAUGACCAGCUAUAUCCCGGCUGAGAGGGUCGUCUUCAGCAAGGUUCUUACGGACAUUGUUCAGGAUCUAGAAGGCGUCACUCUCACGUUCGCGGACGGCGAGCAGGUCAAAGCAAGCAUCCUCGCAGGUGUCGAGGGCAUUCAAAGUGUGACACGCAAGCAUGUCUUAGAGCGGUCUCCCCAGGAAAUCGCGCCGGUGUAUGCGGGAUCGUACUGCUACCGCGCAGUCAUACCGAUCGAGGAGGCACAGGAGAUUUUGGGUGAGCUCACUGAUGUGGCGAAGUUCUACUUUGGGCAAGAUCGGGGAUGUGUCACAUAUAGAAUUUCUGGAGGACGGGAAUUCAACUUUCUUCUCUGCGUAGCAGACGGUAAGCCGUGGCCAUCAUCGGACACUGUGACCGAGAGGCUGAGUCAUGAGGAGAUGAUGGCCGACUUCGCGGAUCCGAACAUCGACGAUAGAUUCCGUCGCCUGCUCUCGAAAGCGAACCCCGUGAAAUGGGGCUUGUUUCAUCACAAGCACACCUCGACAUACUAUCGUGGUCGUGUCGUACUACUUGGAGACAGCGCUCAUGCGUCUCUACCGUUCCAAGCUGCCGGAGCCGGCCAAGGUGUUGAGGACGCCUACGUGCUUGCUAAUCUUCUAGAAAAGCUCUUGUCUUCGGCAGCGGGAGAGCCUGCUUCAAAUAUGCUCAUUGAGGCGGCAUUGAAGGGGUAUGACGCUGUUCGCCGUCCACGAGCACAGAAGCAGCUAGAACAAUCGGCUGAGGUCGCAGAUAUGCUGUUCUUCCAGCAUCUGGAAACAGGUUCAGACAUGACUAAGGUCCUAGCGAAGAUGCAGCAUGGCCGGUUCGACUGGCUGUGGGGCCAUGACCUGGAAGACGACGUUCAAGCGGCAUACCGAAUUAUGGAUGAGGCUGUUGUUCCGCCAGGAAAGGAAGAUGCGACUUAA